AUGUCUCCCUUGAGUGAAAUCCCCUCCAUCAGCCGCAAUCCUCCCGACGUUUACUCUUUCGCUCUAUUCCUCGUCAUCUCUAUCGUCCUCGCCGUAGUAGAUAAUUUCCCCGCCAUCAUUGUCCUUCGAUUUUUGCAAGGAUUCUUCGGCAUCCUUGUCUGGCCAGUGGCGGUGCCACCAUCGAAGACAUGCUCUCCUGGUCUACCGCCCCCUAUAUCUUCAUCUUCUGGGUAGGUGCUCUAUAUUGCGGCCCUGCAAUGGGUCCAUUACUGGCUGCCUAUGCAGUUCCCACCAACUGGCGAUGGCCUCUGUGGGAGAUUGUCAUCAUCGCAGCACCAUCCCUCAUCGUCAUGGUCUGUCUGCUGGCAGAAACAUCGCAUGAGACCAUUCUCCUCCAUCGUGCUCAACGCCUUCGCCGAAUCAACCCGCAUAUCCUCGCUCCGAGUGAGACACGUCGACAUGGCUUCAAGAAUAUCCUGGUGGAUGCUCUCAUCAAACCGGUAGAAAUCCUCAUCAAAGACCCGGCUAUAGCGUAUAUAUCCGCGUAUACCAGCCUCGUAUACGCAACCUACUAUUCGUUCUUUCAGGCCUUGCCUAUCGCAUUCGGCCGUACAUAUAGGAUGUUCGCAGGCUCCCAGAGGCUGAUGUUCCUCACCAUCGUCGUGGGUUGUCUGCUUGGGUCUACAAUAUACGCUGCAUAUCUGAAAUUCAUUUUCUAUCCUCGCUGCCAACAUCGCCCUCCCGUCCAGGAAGACCGUUUAUUCGCAGCCAUCCCCGCCACUUGCUUCCUUUCUGUUGGCCUUUUCAUCUUCGCUUGGACGGCUCGCUCUGAUAUCACUGGAUCGUACCUGCAAUCGGCGUUACCAUCUACGCUGGAUCUGCCUUCAUCGUGUCCCAGGCGAUUCUAGUCUACGUCCCUCUAACGUAUCCCCGCUAUGUGGCCUCUCUCUUUGCGGCCAAUGAUUUUGUCCGGUCCAUUGUAGCGGCAGGAUUUGUCAUGUUUACGCGGUAUACGUAUGAUGAUUUGGGGAUAGUCAAGGGAAUGACGCUGCUGGCAGGUCUGUCGGUUGGAGGGAUUCUAGGUAUGAUCUUUAUCUACUCGUAUGGAGGUAGACUGAGGGCUCGUGGCAAGUUUGCUGCGAAGGAUUAAACAGACAAGUAUGACUAUGAUCUCGAUAUACGCAUUGUAAUACAUUGGUUGAGUCGAAAGCCAGGG